AUGUCCAGCCAAGAAGAAGCUGAUGAUCGUGAACUCGAGGCUCAGGGGUACAUUCCCGUAAUGCCGAGGCGGUUCUCCCUGUGGUCACUUCUGUCACUAGGCUUCACCCUGACGGCCACCUGGAACGCCGUUGGGAUCACGAUUGGGUCAAGCUUGGCAGAGUCCUCAUCGUCUGGAGUUUUGUGGACUCUGGUUAUCGCGGCUCUGAUGAAUCUCACCGUGGCCCUGGGCAUGGCAGAGCUCGCAUCGGCAUACCCGAGCUCGGGAGCGCAGUAUUACUGGUCAUACAAAGUUGCCAGUCCGGAAUGGGCAUCCUUCGCUUCAUACGUGUCCUCUUGUGUUAGCAUUUGUGGCUGGUGGUUGGGCCUUGCCAGCGUGUGCAAUUUUGUUGCCGCCGUGGUGCUCGCCAUAUAUCAACUCUACGUCCCGGAAUAUAGGAUUCAUCCAUGGCACCAAUGGCUAUGCUAUGUUGCCAUUCUCUGCCUGGCCGCUCUCCUGAAUGUGCUUGGUAUGAGCUUAAUUCCGGCGCUUAAUGAAUGUCUUUUGUAUUUUUCCCUGUCGACCCUCGCUGUCACAACAGUCGCCAUUCUCGCAAACGCAUACCCUAAUUAUCAAUCAAAUACGCGGAUAUUUACGGAUACGGAAAACAUGAAUAGGUCUUACAACAAAAGUAUUCUCUUCAUCUUGUGCUUACUGAACAGCACCUACGGAUUCAUGGGUUUCGAUGCUGGCGCCCACAUGGCCGAAGAGAUCCCUUCUCCUUCGAUCAAUGUGCCUAAAAUAAUUGUUCGUUUUGUCUCAUUCCCUCACACCACCGUCCUGUCAAGACUGAUUGCCGAGGCAGCGCUUCCAUUUUCCAUCUCAUGUAUGUACGUGAUAAUCGAUGUGGAAAGAAUUCUCAACCCACCCAGUGGACUCAGCCUGCUGGAAAUCUACCAUCAAGCCACGGGAAGCAGGCUCAUCACCAGCCUGCUCCUGGCUGCGUUUGCAAUCUGCCUCUUCGGAUGUGCUGUAGCCAACAUCACAGGGUCGAGCCGCCAAAUCUGGGCCUCAUCUCGGGAUAAUUGCCACCCCAUGUCGACGUGGUUGGCAGUGAUUCACGCAAGGCAUCAAAUGCCGGCCAAUGCCACCUGCGUAACAGUCAUACUCACAGCGAUCUAUGGGUUGAUCUUUGUUGGAUCGACGACUGCCUUUGCUUCCAUGGUCAGCGCUAACAUCGUCUUCAUGAUGGUCUCGUAUGUUAUUCCUCAGGGAAUUGCCGCCUACAGGGGGCGUUCUAAUGUUCUUCCGGCGCGGAACUUCGAUCUCGGGAAGUUUGGUCUUCCCAUCAACGUCAUUAGCUGCAUAUGGGUCGGGUUUCUUGCUGUCGUCGCAUGUGUUCCAACCGUCAGGCCGGUCUCAUUAUCCAAUAUGAACUGGGUCAGCGCGGUUAUCCUUUUCAUCACUGCUUACACCCUGUUGGCGUGGCACUUCUGGCAGCGACAUUCAUUCAAGGGUCCGAAACGACGUCAGCAAGUAGAAGAGCAAGGUCUCGUCCAGGCAUCUGGCCACCUAGCCGAGAAAGAACGAAAAGCAGACUGA